AUGUCACCAUUUCAAGCCAUGUAUGGUUGUCUCCCUCCCCACAUGGCUUUUCCCUCAACUGCAACAACUACAAUAGCUGUUGUAGAAACUUAUAUGAAAGAAAGAGAUGCAAUGCUAGAUAUCCUGAAGGAAUCUCUUCAUAAAGCUCAAGAGAGGAUGAAAUUUUAUGCUGAUAAAUCCAGAGUUGACAGGGUAUUUGCUGUGGGAGAUAUGGUUUACUUGAAUCUCCAACCAUAUAGGAAGGCUUCAGUCUCCUUAAGAAAUUUUUUUAAGCUGUCAGCCAAAUUCUAUGGUCCCUUCCCUGUGGUGCAGAAAAUUGGGUCAGUGGCAUAUAAAUUGCAGCUUCCCUUAGAUGCCAGAAUCCAUCCUGUGUUCCAUGUGUCUCAGCUGAAAAUGCCCAUUGGUAAGACGCAUAUUCCAUCACCUUCUCUUCCCAUUGUUGAUCAUGCUGGUGAAAUUAUCAUGAGGCCUGAGAAUAUCCUUCAAUCCAGAACCAUGCCGGUUGGCAAACAACUUCAUCGUCAAAUCCUCAUCCAAUGGACCAAUUCUUGCCCUGAAGAUGCUACUUGGGAAGACCUCACUUCCAUCAGAUCACACUACCUAAAUUUUAUCCUUGAGGACAAGGAUAUUUUUCAGAAGAGGGCCAUGACAUAG